UCUCACAAACGCCGAAGUCGCUCCUGCCCGUUUUUUUCUAUUUUGCCCCUCUCUCUCUCCGACUACGAUACCCCACCAUCGAAACUAACGAACGAGGCAGCCACGACCCCUACCUCACCUCUUUUCCAGCUCCAAGGCGUCCAUACCUACAUAAGUCUACACCUUUUUAAGAAGAUCAACAUCCCGCUCUCUUCUCCCCCCACCAUCACCAACACCGCCAAACUGUUCUCCUCAGCCUUUCGACGAGUUACCCUCCGCUCAAGCGCUGGCCUUUCCAUUGCCGCCGCCGCGACUACUCUACAAAAGACCACACGACACCCAGCCGAGUUUGGCGCCAGAAAGAUGCACAGCAAGGUUGUCAUUAUCGGCUCAGGGCCUGCUGCCCAUACCGCCGCCGUCUACUUGGCACGAGCCGAGUUGAAGCCCGUCCUCUAUGAGGGUUUCAUGGCCAAUGGCAUCGCCGCUGGCGGCCAAUUGACCACCACCACCGAUGUUGAGAACUUCCCCGGUUUCCCCAAGGGUAUCAUGGGACAGGAGUUGAUGGACAACAUGAGGGCGCAAUCUGAGCGCUUCGGAACCGAAAUCGUUACCGACACCGUCGCGACCCUCGACCUCUCCAACCGCCCCUUCAAGUACACCACCGAGUUCAGCCCCGACGAGACUCACACCGCCGAUGCCGUCAUCAUCGCUACCGGUGCCUCGGCUCGCCGCCUCCACCUCCCCGGUGAGGACAAGUACUGGCAGAACGGUGUCUCUGCCUGCGCCGUGUGCGACGGUGCCGUCCCCAUCUUCCGAAACAAGCCCCUCUUCGUCAUCGGCGGUGGUGACUCUGCCGCUGAGGAGGCUACCUUCCUUACCAAGUACGCCAGCCAUGUCACCGUCCUCGUCCGUCGCGACGUCCUCCGUGCCAGCCGUACCAUGGCCAACCGCCUUCUCGCCCACCCCAAGGUCACUGUGCGUUUCAACAGCCAUGCCACCGAGAUCAAGGGUGGCGAUGACGGCCUCAUGAGCCACCUUGUUGUCAAGAACAACGUCACCGGCGAGGAGGAGACUGUCGAGGCCAACGGCCUCUUCUACGCCAUCGGUCACGACCCUGCCACCUCCCUCGUCAAGGGUCAGAUCAAGAUGGACGAGGAUGGCUACAUCCAGACCAUCCCUGGCACCACAAACACCAGCGUUGAGGGCGUCUUUGCUGCUGGUGAUGUUCAGGACAAGCGGUAUCGACAGGCUAUUACCAGUGCUGGUACUGGAUGCAUGGCCGCCCUGGACGCCGAAAAGUUCAUUUCCGAGCACGAGGAUCAGCCCAACUAG